AUGGCUAGCCUGCAAGGAAAAGUCAUCGCUAUCACUGGCGCGGCGUCAGGCAUUGGCCUCGCAACGGCCAAACUCCUCGCCCAACACGGGGCUCCCCUCUCUCUCGCGGAUCUUAACGAGACCCGGCUGGCAGAUGCUGCAACGGAAAUUCGUCAACUCUAUCCCAGCGAUGUUAGCUUGCACCCUGUCCUCACCACUGUCGUCGAUGUCCGGUCCUUAGAAGCCUGCCAGAGUUGGGUCGCCCGAACCACCACCCACUUCAACCAACCACUCGCAGGGGCAGCCAAUCUCGCGGGUGUCUUUGGAAAAAGCAUUGGGCAAGAAGUAGGUGCCGUGCGCAACAUGACAGAGUCCGAAUUUGAAUUCGUGUUGGAUGUCAACUGCAGGGGCACAUUUAAUUGCCUACGGGCCGAGUUGCCAUCUAUGCAAACCGGCUCUAGUGGUCGGAAUGGGGGAAGUAUUGUCAAUGCCGCCAGUAUUGCGGGAAUAGUGGGCGUUGAACACAACGGACCAUACGUGGCAAGUAAGCAUGCUGUGGUUGGAUUGACGAGGACGGUGGCCAAGGAAGAGGGUAAGAGGGCUAUUCGUGUGAAUGCUAUCGCUCCGGGGAUCAUCACCACACCGAUGAUCAGUCAGAUCGAAGCCUGCGCCGGGACAACCGAGCUCUUUGGUCAGGGUGAUCCGGGGGCGUUGGCAAGAAAGGGUGAUGCCGAGGAAGUGGCCGAUGUGGUGGUCUUUUUGCUAAGCCAGCAGAGCAGCUUUGUGAAUGGAGUGGUCAUUCCCAUCGAUGGGGGAUGGAUGUGUUGA